GCCGCGCAGCGCAGCGGUGGAGCCGCAUGAGGCGGAUGGGGGAGAGCUCUGCCAGCGACACAGCAGCGGCUCAUCCAGCAGCAGUCCCGGUUUCUGGGCAGCGUGCCCGCUGCCAGCUUAGCGCUGGGUACCCGCAUGCCUGUGCCGACAGAACUUCUGUCACUCCGGGUCUGCUGGGUGGUUUCACACGCUUGAGCGACAAGAGUGGAGAUGUCGGCUGAGGCCACGACAGCCCCGCUCCUGGCCCCUGAGGCCUGCGCUCCUGUGGUGCCCACGCACCACCAGCCCACAGGGGGAGCAGAGGGGGUGACCUUCGACCUAAAACCUCUGAACCCCAGCAGCAAGUAUGUCAAGUUGAACGUGGGCGGGUCCCUUCACUACACCACGGUGCAGACUCUCACCAAGCAGGACACUAUGCUCAAGGCCAUGUUCAGCGGUAGAAUGGAGGUGCUCACUGACAGCGAAGGUUGGAUCCUUAUCGACCGCAGCGGGCGUCACUUUGGCACUAUCCUCAACUACCUGCGGGACGGCACGGUCUCCCUGCCCGAGUCGCAGCGGGAGCUGGAGGAGGUGCUGUGUGAGGCACGGUACUACCUCAUCCAGGGGCUGGUGGAGGAUUGCCAGCUCGCCCUGCAGCAAAAGAGUGAUGUUUGUGACCCCCUGUGUCUCAUCCCCAUGGUGACAUCCCCCAAGGAGGAGCAGCAACUCAUCUCCAGCUGCUCCAAGCCAGUGGUGAAAUUGUUGCAUAACAGAAGUAACAACAAGUAUUCGUAUACCAGUAACUCGGACGACAACCUGCUGAAGAACAUUGAGCUGUUUGACAAGCUGGCACUGCGCUUCAAUGGGCGGGUCCUGUUCAUCAAGGACGUGCUGGGGGACGAGAUCUGCUGCUGGUCCUUCUACGGGCAGGGGCGCAAGAUCGCCGAGGUCUGCUGCACGUCCAUCGUCUACGCCACCGAGAAGAAGCAGACCAAGGUGGAGUUCCCUGAGGCGCGGAUCUUUGAGGAGACACUGAACAUCCUGAUCUACGAGACACCGCGGGUCCCCGACAAGGCGCUCUUGGAAGCUACGGGUGGGGCGGCUGGGGGCGGGGGCGGCUCCCCCCGGGCAGAGGAGGAGGAUGGGCGGGAGCACCGGGUCCGGCGCAUCCACGUUCGGCGCCACAUCAUGCAUGACGAGCGCCCCCAUGGCCACCAAGCCGUGUUCAAGGACUGAGCCUCUCCGCCCCUGCAGCCUCGUCCAGGUGCCAGACUGUGGAGGUGCCCCCUGCUGCCUCUCUGACCUGUCACGUUUUUAUCUUUUGACCUCUGACUCUUGACCUUUCUGGGUUCUCCCUUGACCCCGUCCACUCUUUGGGAGCUCUGAUCCUUGACCCCUUCUCAGGUUUGCCAGCUCUGCGGUAGAGACCUGGGUAACCCCCUGCACUGCACAGGGAGGUAGGAGGCAGUUCCUGGGAGGGGUCCCUCCUGCUUCUAAUCAUCUAGGUACCAACAUUCAUGUUUAACAAGCCUGGUUCCUUCUGUGGGUGUGUGGAGUCUGUUCAGCCAGCCUAGAUACCUGUGUCAUAGCUCAGCCCGGCACUGCAGGUCAGGCCGGGAUCCUGGGGCUGAGAGGCCAGUGCUGGCUGAUGGGGGUUCUGGCUGAGUGGAACUGUGGGCUGGGCUAGUCCAGUCCUGGCCUCUUGCAGCAGGGGCCACUGCAGGAGUUUUGCUACCUGUCCCCUUCCCUUUGUUUCUGGGGCUAGGGGAGUGACCCCCAAGUACUAGCCUCAGAACUGUCCUUGGUACGUUCCAGCCUACCAGAUUACAUGUCCCUUCUCUAGUCUGGCCCCUGUUUGUUACGUGGUACAACCCUGCUACUGUCCUUUAAAUAGAUUCACCUCCCUCCAUGCUCCUUAUGGUAUGUGCCAGCCUACAGCACCCCCCUCCCUCCCCUUCCUCAGAAAAACACAAUUUGCACCAUUCUCUUCUCCCCUUGGUCAAAUACAAUGGAAUAUUCCAUUUUUGAUCCAACCUCCCAAUAAAAUGGGAGGCACAGACCCCUCCCCUCAGUAAACUUUAAAUCAACCAAUCUAAUUGGGUACAAGCUACAAUGGGAUGUUCCACCAUGCCUCCAAAUAAAUACAGUGGGGUGCUCCAAGCCCCAUCCUCUCAAAAUAAAAUGGAACAUUCCACCCUGCCAGUAAAAUGGCAUGUUCCAGUCCCCUUCCCUUACAGAGUAGAAUGGGAUGCUCCAAAGAGAAUAGGAUGUUCCAAAC